AGUUAUAUUUUAGAACUCGUCGGAGUGAUAACCGUUUCCGGAAAAGUCGUUACCGUUUCGAAAAAUUCAAUUCAAGGACAACUAUACAUAUAUAUUUUUUCUUAUGUGUUGAAGGAUAACGGCAAAUAAUGAUUUUGCCUCGAUUGAAAUUUAUUCAUAUAGUUCUGCUAUUUCUAAAAAUAUUAUCGCGAAGAUAUUUAUUGGUUUCCUCACAGACGAGUCAAAAUAUUAAUGUUUUAUUCAUUAACGAGCUUGACAAUGACCCAGCAUCGAAGGCCAUCGACAUCGUUCAGACAUAUUUGAAGAAAAAUUCCAACUAUGGACUGUCGGUACAAAUCGAUAAAAUUGAAGCGAAUAAAACAGAUGCCAAGGCUCUACUGGAAUCAAUUUGUAUCAAGUAUGCCGAGAGUAUUGAGAAUAAACAACCUCCCCAUGUGGUGUUCGAUACCACAAAGUCCGGCAUAGCAUCCGAAACGGUGAAAUCCUUUACACAGGCUUUAGGUUUACCCACGGUUAGUGCAUCCUACGGCCAAGAAGGUGAUCUUCGACAAUGGCGUGACAUGGAGGAAAGCAAACAGAAAUAUCUGCUACAAGUAAUGCCCCCGGCGGAUAUAAUACCAGAGGUUGUGCGCAGCAUUGUGCGAAAGAUGAAUAUAACUAAUGCUGCCAUCUUGUACGACAACACAUUUGUAAUGGAUCACAAAUACAAGUCGCUGUUGCAGAAUAUUCAAACGCGUCAUGUCAUAACGGCUGUGGCGGAAGGUGAUAGUGCCCGGGCAGAUCAAAUUGAAAGGCUGCGUAAUUUGGAUAUCAACAACUUUUUUAUAUUGGGUAGUUUGAAGACGAUUGGACAAGUGCUUGAAUCGGUAAAGCCGGCAUUUUUCGAGCGCAAUUUCGCCUGGCAUGCCAUAACCCAAAAUGAGGGCGAGGUUAGCAGCAAACGCGAUAAUGCAACGAUAAUGUUUUUGAAACCUAUUGUUUAUACACAAAAUCGUGAACGUCUGGGGCAACUGAGAACCACUUAUAAUCUGAAUGAAGAGCCACAGAUAAUGUCGGUAUUCUAUUUCGAUUUGGCUUUGAGAACAUUUUUGGCUGUCAAAGAUAUGUUGCAAUCAGGUGCCUGGCCUGCUAAUAUGGAAUAUUUGGGUUGUGACGACUUUCAAGGUGGUAAUACACCAGAGAGAAAUAUUGAUUUGAGGCAGGCAUUUGUUCAGGUCACAGAACCCGCUUCAUACGGCGACUUUGAUUUGGUCACGCAACCUGGAAAACCAUUCAAUGGCUACAGCUUUUUCAAAUUCGAUAUGGAUGUCAAUGUAGUUCAAAUACGUGGCGGUAAUUCGGUCAAUAGUAAAUCAAUUGGCAGAUGGACGGCGGGCUUGGAUUCACCACUUGUUGUUAAUGAUGAGGAAGCUAUGAAGAAUCUAACGGCAGAUACGGUUUAUCGAAUUUUCACAGUAGUGCAAGCUCCAUUUAUAAUGCGAGAUGAAACGGCGCCCAAAGGAUACAAGGGCUAUUGUAUUGAUCUUAUCAAUGAAAUUGCCGAAAUCGUUCACUUUGAUUAUACCAUUGAAGAGGUAGAAGAUGGUAAAUUCGGCAACAUGGAUGAGAAAGGCGAAUGGAAUGGCAUUGUAAAGAAAUUGAUAGACAAAAAAGCCGAUAUAGGCCUCGGAUCAAUGUCGGUAAUGGCCGAGCGAGAAAUUGUAAUCGACUUUACGGUACCUUACUACGAUUUGGUGGGCAUCACUAUAAUGAUGCAGAGACCGAGUACACCGAGUUCUCUGUUUAAAUUCUUGACAGUGUUGGAGACGAAUGUCUGGCUUUGUAUUUUGGCUGCAUAUUUCUUUACCAGUUUUCUGAUGUGGGUCUUUGAUCGUUGGAGUCCAUACAGUUAUCAGAAUAAUCGAGAGAAGUACAAAGACGAUGAUGAAAAACGAGAAUUCAAUUUGAAGGAAUGCCUAUGGUUUUGCAUGACUUCUUUAACGCCACAGGGUGGUGGUGAAGCGCCGAAAAAUCUUUCCGGACGUUUGGUGGCUGCUACUUGGUGGUUGUUUGGCUUUAUUAUUAUUGCUUCAUAUACCGCCAAUUUGGCUGCUUUCCUGACCGUAUCACGUUUGGACACACCCGUGGAAUCAUUGGACGACCUUGCCAAGCAAUACAAAAUAUUGUAUGCUCCACUUAAUGGAUCAUCGGCCAUGGUCUAUUUUGAGCGCAUGGCAAAUAUUGAACAAAUGUUCUAUGAAAUUUGGAAAGACCUAUCGCUCAAUGAUUCCCUAUCGCCGUUGGAGAGAUCACGUCUAGCCGUGUGGGAUUAUCCGGUUAGUGAUAAAUAUACGAAAAUGUGGCAGGCCAUGCAAGAGGCACAAUUGCCGGCAACUCUGGAUGAGGCUGUGGCCAGAGUUCGUAACUCCACCACGGCUACGGGAUUUGCAUUUUUGGGUGAUGCUACCGACAUACGUUACCUGGUAAUGACCAACUGUGACCUCCAGGUGGUUGGAGAGGAAUUCUCCCGCAAACCUUAUGCCAUUGCAGUGCAACAGGGUUCCCAUCUAAAGGAUCAAUUUAACAAUGCAAUUUUAACCCUUCUCAAUAAACGACAAUUGGAAAAACUCAAAGAGAAAUGGUGGAAAAAUGAUGAAGCCCAGGCCAAGUGUGACAAACCGGAAGACCAAUCCGAUGGCAUUUCUAUUGAGAACAUUGGCGGUGUAUUCAUUGUGAUCUUCGUUGGCAUUGGAAUGGCUUGCAUUACACUGGUCUUCGAAUACUGGUGGUACAAAUAUCGUAAAAAUCCUCGCAUCAUUGAUGUUGCCGAGGCUGCCUCUACACCUCCUGGAAAGGAUGUUAAAUUAGCCGAAGGCAUAAUAUUGGGCCAAACCGGCAAGGAGUACGAAAAGGCGAAUGCCGCUCUGCGUCCUCGUUUUAAUCAAUAUCCCCAUAAUUUUAAACCCCGAUUCUAAUUGUGUAGUAGUAUUUUUCGAACCAACAAAAGAGACAACAACAUGUUAAUUAAAUCCCCAAAUUUUGAAUGUUUAUUGUUUAAAUCGAUAUUCACUGACACUUGACGUUGCCUUAAAUAAAUUGCACCGUUUCAAA